AUGCUUCACUUCAGAUUGGGGAUCUGGCCGAUGAUCCUCGGCCUCCUGGCGAUGGUGUAUGGUCAAGAUACUGGUAUCCCUGCAACAGUCUCUGAUCCAUUUGCUUUAUGGCCGACAAUCGACUCAACUUCGUUUGCAACUGCCCUCAAUAUCUCCAUCGGUUGUCUGGAUGCUAUGAAUGCUUCGUUGCCAUGCGACAGAACUCUUCUGAAUAUGGCAGGGUCAGUGGACAACUACUGGUGGGAGAUUGAUAAUCUCACUCAGUUGUGCACAAACGACUGCUGGGUGUCGGUUCAAGCCUGGGAUGCCAACGUGUUCAUCGAGUGCCAGGACGAUAGUCUAGUCGCAUAUGGCAAAAUGGUACCAGCAUCCGACGUUACGGGACGAUACAAUGAUGGCAUGAACAUCGCAUGCUUGACCAACCAGAACGCCACUGAUACUGACGACGACUACCUAUACUGUCUUGCUGAAAGUCAGGAAUGGGCAGGAAGUGAUUUCAUCCGACCAGAUUGCUCGGUGAAUCCUUCAGAUCCGUCUUGUGCUGAUCCAUCCUAUGUCAGCCCUGACGACUCUCGCAUGGCCAAUCUCUACUCAGACGAUGUUCUCUGUAGCGAAUGUUUCGUGCAGAUGCUUUAUCAGCGAACCACUUCGCAAUAUCUCCCGGAUCACGAUUUCUCAGACUAUCUUAUUGCUCAGUAUCAGGAUAUCUUGGAUGUGUGCAACGCAACGGAAGACUUUCCCGAGCUCCUCAUCAGAGCGCUGCCGAAUUACGCUGUCGCGACACCACCAGUUCUAAAUCUCACAGGAGUCUACACAGACUUGAGCUGCUCGCAAGGGCAGUACAUCACUACUAGCUCGCUGGACCCCAACGGCAACUGCGCGUCGAUCGCUCAGUACUUCAAGGUUGCAACUGGUGCGGUACAAGCUGCUACAAACAGCACGACGUGUAAGCCCUCAGCAUCCGGGUUCUGCUUGCCAGCAGCAUGCCAGAUAUCUCAGGUACCCAGCAAUGGCAACCUGACUUGCGACGCAAUCGCAUCCUCGUUGUCCACGUCCAACCUUACAGUGACUGUUGUGAGUUUUCUCAACUGGAACCCCACCAUCAAUGGCCUUUGCGACAGCCUCACUCCAGACGAAUUCAUCUGUGCUGGACCUCCUGGAGGCAUUUACAUACCUCCUCCGCCGCCUGCUGGGUCUAACAGCGAUAAUAACCAGCAAAGAGGCGGAAAUGAUGGCAGUAGCACCGGAAGAUUUGGUAAUGCCACAGUUCAAUGUACCUCGGCGCAACAACCAGAUCCGAUCCAGGAUGGCAUUCUGUCCACCUGCAAGACCUGGUGCCAGGCAUAUCCCGAUGACUAUUGCUACCAGUUUGCCAUGGAGACAAACAUGACACAAGCCCAAUUGUAUCAGUGGAAUCCGGUCUUGGGUAGCGGCGGCGCCAAUUGCCAGACGCAAUUCCAAGCUGGAUACUGGUACUGCGUCAACGACGGCUCAAUCCAGCCCACAACAACCAGCUCAACUCCUACCAAGUCAACAUCGACCAGUACAUCAGGAUCUUCACCCACUCAAUCUGGAAUAUCACCAUACUGCAACAAAUACCAGAUUGCCAAGUCUGGAGACUACUGCUACGUAUUCGCGUCGAACAACAACAUCACCACUGAUGAACUAUACACCUGGAACAGCAUCCUCGGUACAAACGGUGCAAACUGUGGAACUACAUUUCAAGCCGGCGAUUACUACUGCAUCGGUGUUGCACUUCCAUCGCCAACACAAUCAGGAAUCGCAAAGACUUGCAACAAGUAUCAGAUUGCAAAGGCUGGAGAUUACUGUUAUGUGUUCGCACAGGAUAACAACAUCACGACCGAUCAGCUGUAUACUUGGAACACGAUUCUGGGAGCCAAUGGUUCGAAUUGUCAGACGCAGUUUCAGGCUGGUGAGUAUUACUGUGUCGGUGUUAGUUCGUGA